UUGGCUGGACAUCCCGGAAUAGCGCCACAAUAACACCCAGGAUUUCGGUGGGAAAUUUUCCAGUGUGCCAUUUUUUGUAAUGUAAUUGCAUCUCUUGUUGAUCGUAUGCAAGUAUGAAAGUGAAUCGUUACUGAGCAAUACAUUUGAAUUCUGGGACUUUUUAGGGGGGUUGACGGGGGGGAAAAGUUUACCCCCUAUUGUUUGCUCGCUCGCUAGCAGGGGCAAUCGGACGCGUUUCUCGUGGUGAAAGUACUCAUUUUCUCUCCCGAAUGUAUGUCUAUUAAGUUACGAUUAUCGUAUACCCACCCUAAAGGCGUUUAUUAAAUUUAAAAGUGUCCACUAUGCCCGAAAUCAAACUCCAGCACGUCGUAUCGUGCAGCACAGAGGACAAUACUCACAAAGCGGACAACCUGCUGAGUUCGGACACGUACAGAAAGUGGAAAGCUGCCCGAGCUGGAGAGAAGCAGACGUCAGUCAUUCUGCAGUUUGAAAAGGAGGAGCAGGUACACAGCAUUGACAUUGGAAAUGAAGGCUCUGCAUUCGUGGAGGUACUGGUGGGGAACUCAUCAUCUGUCAGAGAUCAGGACUACGAGGUGCUGCUGGUCACAUCGUCCUUCAUGUCGCCCACGGAAAGCCGCAACGGCACCAACAUGAACAGGGUGCGCUUCUUCGGACCCGGACAGCUGCAGAAGAGCACGGCGCAGGAGAAGUGGGACCGGGUGAAAAUUGUCUGCAGCCAACCUUAUAGUAAAAACAUAGCGUAUGGCCUGGCCUUCAUCAAGUUUCAUUCUCCCCCGGACAAAAACGACCCUCCAGUUACAUCCCCGAAAUUGACCAAGCUGGGUCAGUUCCGGAUGAAAGAAGACGAUCCCGCCUCAGGCUCCGGCAUUCAGCCUGGCAGUCUUUUCUUCAGCGCCAAGUCCAAUACUUCCCCCAAAGCGUCGCCGCAGAGUAACAAGUUGAGCUACGCCGCCGCUGCCUUGCAAGCUGCUGGCCCCUCCGCCUCAGCAAGCCUCUCGCCGUCACCUUCCACCUCGCCGCAGGCACCCGCAAAGAAAAAGUUUGAGUUCAGCAAAGAGCGUCACUCGGCUCCCGGCCCUCCUCCCGCCAAGAAAAGCACCCCGGGAAGCUCGCCGGAAUUCAAACCCGCAACUCCCAAAGUCAAAACGACCACGCCAAGCCCAGGCGCUUCCAAAGCAAAGGCGUCUGCCGAAAAGAAGUGUGAGAGUUUGCCCAAAGCCAAAGAGGAGCCGUCCAAAGGCGUGAAGAGUCCCGAGCAAGUGCCCUUCAAGCGCAUCAUGGAGGGCGUGGUGUUUGUACUCAGCGGCUUCCAAAACCCCUUCAGAGGCGAGCUGAGAGAGAAGGCCCUGGACAUGGGAGCCAAGUACCGGCCCGACUGGACGCCCGACUCCACGCACCUCAUCUGUGCCUUCGCUAACACCCCCAAGUACAGCCAGGUGAAGUCAGCGGGCGGCAUGAUCGUGCGCAAGGAAUGGGUAAUGGACUGCCAUAAAAGGAAAGAGAAACUCUCCUCCAAGAGUUAUUUGAUGGAUGACGCAGAAUCAAGCUCAGAGAGCGAAAUGGAAAUUGACGACCAGAGCGAGGAGGAAGCCAGCGCAAAGACGCCGCAGAAGCAGUCGAGACCAGCGACUCCCAAAAUGGAGGCAGAGACGACGUACGUUGAUGAGUAUGCCGGCUCCACUGAUGUGGACGACGAACCAGGUGCUCACGAGGACUCUGCAGCUGAUACAGAGGACGAACUUGAGAGGGUGGAGAGCGAGAACAGACAGAAGACGACAAAAGCGGUCAAACAGGAAGAGGAUCCCUACGCCGGCUCCACGGAUGAGAACACGGAUGCAGAGCAGGAGCAGGAUCACCCCAUCCCGGAGCUUCCUGACUACCUGAACGGGAAGCACUUUUUCCUCUAUGGGAAGUUUCCCAAUAAUGAGAGACGACUACUGACGCGCUACAUCACCGCCUUUAAUGGCGUUCUGGAGGACUACAUGUCGGACACGGUGCACUUUGUGGUGACCGGCGAAGGAUGGGACGACUCUUUUGAGGACGCGCUGAUGGACAACGGCAACCUGAACUUCGUCAAGCCAGCUUGGAUCUAUGCCAUCAACCAGCGUCAGAAGCUGCUGCCCUACCAGCCGUACACUGUGGUGCCAUGAUAAAGGAAGACAUCGUUUUGUUUUUUGUUCAUCUCUUUUUGAUGUUUUCAUGAAGUUGGUUUUGUUACUUUUAGAUGAUUCAUGCUGCCUGAUGACAUUUUAGUGUAAAGGUCAGCCAGCAUAAACUUUUUUUAUUUGUGUUUUUUUGGUGGGAGGGGAAGUAUACUUAAUUUGGCUGUCUCCGACAAUACCUGUGCAGAAUUCGUCCCGGCUGCUGUGCUGCGAUUAUCAGCGGCACUGAUAAGACUUUUUUUAUGAGGCUUCCUUAAAGUCAGGUGCAAGGUCCCCAGUAAAUCAGCAUUUUUUCCCUCCACUUUUAUACGAGAUGAUAGUUUAAAAUGUGAUAAAAGUGGCUUUUGUAAUACUUUUUUUUGUUAUUGCUCGCAAGAGACGAGUCAAGCUCAACAUGAAUGAAGCCAUCUCGCGUGUCUAAACAAUUUGGCAAAAUAAACCAUGUCGAUUUUCAGGUAAA